AGGAGGAGGAGGCGGAGUAGACGCACAGAGCGCGCGGCGUAGUGUCGCAGGAAAUGAUGGCAACGCGUGAGAACUCGUCGGACCGCGCCGUCGACGGGUGAACGUCGCGCGCCCGCGAUCUCGUCCCGGAUGCCUCCUCCCGGGCAACGCGUACCGCCACUCAACUCAAAGUGCCAUUUCGUCAUAUCCAGUAAAUAUUAAUUGUAAUAAGACGCUUGUAACGGACGCGUACGCACUCAGCACGGAGCGCGCGCGUUUUCUGUACAUACACUCAUCUACACACUCGGUUAUACGACUUCGCGGAGGACGUGCGAGACGACGGCUUCCUCGAUGCCGGCGAGCGAGCGCGGUUUCAACGCGUUGGGCGUGUUAGCCGUGGAAUCGAUGUAUCGUGCGAGCCGCUGUCCGGGAGCUCCGUCGAGCGACGACCAUUGGAAUGAUCAUCGCGGAAUGACGCCUUGACAAGAGCCGCCGUGUAUCGCUCGUCGGUGGUGCCGUGUCCAGGAAUGACAGAACUCCGAUGCUGUAGAGGCUCAAGAUUAUCACGGUGAAAGAAACUCAGUGAUUGCACAUACCAUUGCACUCAGAGCUGUCUCUCCAAGCGGCACAGCAGUGAUUUGUUUGGGGGAGUACAGACCAGAAGGGAUCUGAGAGGAUACGUGCAACAGGAGUCAGGAGAAAGACACAAUAUGCCGGGUGGUGGUAUGAUGGAAGAGGACCUGCUUGGUCCGGAAUGGCUGUUUAAAGAACUCAGAUCACAGGAGGGUCCUAGCAAGCUUCUUAUCUUAGACUGCAGAGCACAUUCUGACUUUUCUGACGCUCACAUAAGAGGCUCCGUACCUCUAGCCAUACCCAGCAUCAUGCUGCGGAGAUUGGCCGCUGGUAAGGUGGACCUUUUGUCCACGAUAAGGUGUUUAGACCUGAGAAACAGAGUGGAGGUGUUUCUGUGCGGAGAUGAAGGCAGUAGAGGAACAUUUGUAUUAAUUGGUGAUUCUACAGAUCCUGCAGGCCAUCAGGGUGAAACAAUACAAGUUUUGAGUCGGAGACUUAGAAGCAGCGGAGGCAAUGUUGCCAUCUUAAUUGGUGGAUUUGGAGCAUUCAGAGAUAGAUAUCCAGAAUGGUGUGAAGGUUGUCAAGCAAAUACUGAAUGUGCCCCAGGUCAGGACAAUAAUGAUGGCGAAUUAAUGGGCCUUAGAUCCCUUCGAAUAUCCACUCCACCAACCAGGUCCUAUUCGGAUUCUGAUAGUGACAGCACAUGCGAUUCAGUAGGUCCCGAGGAAGAUAAAGACUUUCCGGUGGAGAUUUUACCUCAUUUGUAUCUCGGUAACGCGGCUAAUAGCGAGGAUCGCGAGGCUUUAGCGCGGCACAGGAUACAGUAUAUACUCAAUGUCACACCGGAUUUGCCAAAUGUAUUUGAAAGCGCUGGUUCGAUAAAGUACAUGCAGAUACCAAUAAGCGAUCAUUGGAGUCAAAAUUUAGCUAGUUUCUUCCCGCAGGCGAUUCAAUUUAUAGAGGAAGCGCGGAGCUCAGACAAAGGAGUGCUGGUUCACUGUCUGGCCGGGGUGUCUCGUUCCGUCACGAUCACCGUGGCUUACCUCAUGCACAAGUGCAGCCUCAGCCUGAACGACGCUUUUAAUCUAGUGCGUAGCAGAAAAUCCAACGUCGCUCCGAAUUUCCACUUUAUGGAGCAGUUGCAUAGCUUCGAGCGGGAGUUGAGGGACCGCGGCGACCGGCACAAAGGCAACGAUCAAAGGUGCAUCGGAUCCUGCCGGCCGGACGGGCCCUGCAACUGCCCGGCGCCCAGCUUCCUCAGUCCAAUUGACCUGGGGCUCAGUCCCGACUCGGGGAUAGAGUUCGAUAGGUGGGCGUCGAGCACACCAGCCGAAUGAGACGGGCCUGGGGGGACCCAAUACAAGUUUUAGGUCCCUCCGCACACGCGUCACAUUUUAGGGAAGCCCUGAUCGAAAGGGUGCUCUCUCAUGGGAUAUAAACGCGUUUUACAUACUGGUACGUAAGAGACGAGCAUCGAAGACCCCCGCCUGUCCCCCGCCUGUCCUGCCUCCCUCCUCCCUCCCGUUGUAUUUCCAGGUUAGAUUAGGAUAUAUUAGAGGCGUUCGGUGAAUACCAAGGAGAAAUAUGUAGCUCUUAGAGGCAUCCAAAGUUAGUUAACUUACGCUCUGGCACCUUCCCUUUCGUGAUUUUUCGUUUCUUCCUGUCGAGUCUCUCAUUCCCUCGGCGCGGCCGUGUUGGCGGCCACGUUAUCGGAGAUACGCGAAUUGUGAAUGUUUACUUCAAUUCUCGCUGAUUUGUGUUCCGGUAAAGAUUAGCUUCUAAAAGUGCGCGUGUGUGUGCCGGGGGCGAUACGCGUUCGAUACUCAAAUCGUACUGUGCGUACGGAGAUAUGUGUGUGGCGGGGAAUUUCUAAAAUCAUUUCUAUGAGAGAUAUUGAGAACGAAUUCUAGUGUACCUUAUGUGAUUAGUUGCUUGAUGUAAAUGUAAAUGAGACCGAAUGUGCGGACACCGUCGUCAAAAUUUAGAGAUAAUUUAGGAAUGAGAGGAUUAACGCUCAGGAAAAAGAGAGGCAUAUAUAUCGCCGAUUAUAGAGACAGAGGAAGAACAAACAACUUAUCUCUUCGUUAGACAAUUAGCUUCUCAAUGCACGCAUGCGUUGAGUAACGCGCCGCGAGCUAUUCCCGCGAGGCGCUUGUCUGUCCAGUUGAAAUUCUCGAUCACGAGGAUGAUCUGGCGCGUUACGAUACGGCCGUCGCGAGCCAAAGGGAGAACAGAUAUGACUGUUGAUUCGUUAACAAAAGGAAGAAAAGAGAGAGAGAAAAAAAAGGAAAAACAGACGAAGCAAACGAUUCUCCUUUCUGAGUUGUCGUGGCAGCAAUGGACACUGAAAGUAUUUUAUAAACGAGAUCCCACAACUUGUCAUCGCGCGCGACCGUAAUCGCGUAAUCGUAAUUGUACAUUCUGACGUUAUGCUUCCAAGUCGAGAAAUCUUUUAGCGUGUACGGUAUAAAUGGUAUUCGAGGUACGUCGGAUUCAGCACUGUGUACUCGCGAGGUAUGACGAGGAUGAAACGCGUACCGCCAUACCUCAAAAGAGCUCUAGAACAUAUAUAUAUAUUUUAAUACUUCUUCCCCCGAACCCUUCAAUUAAUGAGGCUGUGUUUAUUUUACCGCAAGCGAUAUUUCAUGCGCGAAGUAAUCUCUAAACGACGAGUUCCCACCAGGCAAUCACAAGUAGUCCAAGGUAAACAUCACCGCUUAGUAUACUAAGUUCCGAGGUACAAAAUUAAGGGAGGUCCUAUACGCACAGGGGACGGAUUUAAGGUUUCACUACGCGGGCAGGACAAUCCGAAAAAUUUCUCCAACCCGUGGAGGAUCGAUCAGUACGUUAAUCCGUUCAUUAGUUCUCGCGUGAUUUCUCGACCGGUAACAUUUGUUGACCCCGUGCGAGCGUUUCAUUUCGGAGGUUUUCCAAUGCCAGACGCCAAAGCUCCGUUCGGCUGAUCCUUAAAUCCGCCCCUUGUCUUCUACCCUAAACUGAUAGUUUGUAAAGAAGUGGAAAAGAAACUCGAAAGGUAAUUUUCGACGUAGUUUUUCGAACACACUGAAGUGACUUAUCUCGCCAAGGAUAAUCUUCAAUGCAUUCUGACCUUCGAGAUGCGCGAAAGGUAUAUGCACGUCGCCUCAGGUACAUAUGCCAGUAAACUUAAGUUUAAGGGAGGGCACCUUAGGAAUCAGUGCAUUUCUGUAGGGCAUUCCGAAUCUCUCCCGCUCACGAGAAGCCAGGCUCGUCAUCGGUACAGUGGAGUGUUUAGGGAAAUUUAUGUCCGAGCCGCUCGGAAUAGAUAGAUGAAGGCGUUAUUUUGCGAUUUCACUCGUCAAAGGAGUCGGAACAACUCGCGAGGAAUCAGUUCACAUGCUGCAACACGCGUAUUGUAAACAAACGUGCCGACUUUUCAAGGAUCUCGUUCGUAAGAACGAUUUUUAACAUCGGUGGUACAUGUUAUUACAAUCUUUAGUAAUUCUGUUUUGAAUGUAAUUGGUGUUUUCCGCGAAAUAACCAAAGUGUCCAUACAAUACUCGCCCUUUCAAGUUCUUUCUAACGAAGAUUAAUAACGAAUGUUUCCGUGCGUUUCGAGCGAAUGUACAAAGGAAAGUUUUAUCACUGUUAAAGUAACGCCUUCAAAUAUCGUCAAAUUGGUUUUGUUGUCAAUCAUCGCCACAUACAGAAAUCUGAAAGAUAAUGGUUCCUGCACCGUUACAUUUCUGCUGGCAUCAGAGCAACUUUAGUCCUUCGGAUUUUUUAUAUAGACACUUUUCUACACGAAAACAUCGGGCCUGUGCAUUCGUAUGUAAACGCAACUAGCUGUAUACUGCGUGACAACUCGAGCGCUAAAUUGGAUUCUGAAUUGUACGAAUCAGCACUGUUUCUAUUAUCUUACAGAUCUCAGAUAUAUAUUGAAAGUUAUUUUUGUAAAGAAAAGAAAAGAAGAAGAAAUGCAUUCACAUUCCCAUAAAUGAGCCAAAAUGGCCUGACACUGUAACUACCUUUCAUGUAAUACAUGUAUUGUUCAUUGAGCAUAAUUGAAGGUUAAUAUGAGUGUAUACAGUGAAUGUUAUUUUUCGUGUAAUAAUUAACUGCAAGAGUUGCAGUAAUUGUAUAGCUCUUGACUAUCGCGGGAGUAAAUCGAUAUACAACUAAGGAAAUAUAUAUUUGACGUUAAUGUAAUAACAAUAUUCUACUAUAUAUUACACUGUUGUCUGUU